GUUUCCACUUCCCUGAGAGGUCAGAGGACAUCAUCAUGGCGUCCCCCAUGUAACGACAACAUUGCUGGUUCAAUGUUACGUGAACCCGAAAGAGAAACGGCCAAGCGUGGUGUUUUUGUACGGAUGAAUAGACAUAUAAACUAAGGAUUAAUUUAACUAUUCAACUGCGCUGACCAUGUUCAAAGUGAUCGGGGGAAGAGCCCUCCCCGCGGCCCGGCUGCUCGCCCCCCGCUGCGGCGUGUGGGUCGAGUCGGUCCGGGGUAGGAAGUCCCGCAACGACCCGCCGGCCAAGUCCAAAGAGGGGCGCAUCAAGCUGCCGCCCCCCGUGGACCCGGUGGAGAUGGUGGUCAUGAAGGAGAGGUUCACGGAGUACAACCUGAUCAUGAGGGCGCUUCGACUGGAGUUCAAGGAGGAGGUGCUGCGUAAGAAGUACGAGGAGGAGACGGGCUCCCUGGCGGAGGAGAGAGCCAGACAGGACGCGGAGGAGCACAAGAUCCUGAUGGAGUGGAACGACGCAGAGAACCGCCGCAUGCUGAAGAUCAGACAACUGCGCGUGCAGAAGGAGACGGCGGAGGCAGACCAGAGGAAACUGGACGUGAUCCUCAAGCGGGACCAUGAGAAGCAGGCGUUCAUCCAGCAGAAGGAGCAGGAGAUCCUGCAGCUACAGGAGGACGCCAAGAACUUCAUCACCCUGGAGAACCUUGACCAGCGCAUCGAGGAGGCCCUGGACAGACCCCGCAACUACAACUACGCCAUCGACCGCGAGGGCCGGGUUGUCAAACGAACCGUCCUGGACUAGUUGGACAGCCCUGGACCUGGUGUACCGCCCCCCCCGGGCCAGACGGGCCGUCCAUGACCUGGAUCUGGUCCCGGACCAAAUCACGGACCACAGCCUACCUUUCUGUCUCGGGUCGGAACCCAACCGCCUAGCGCUCGGAUCACGAUCAUCAUCAGCCUUCCUCACUCCUGCGUUUCCAACGGGCGGUCGGUCCAGUCCAAUGGACUCUAUGGGAGCCAUCUUCUAAGGUACAUUCGUUGCAGAAGGUCGUGGCGUGAAUUGAGGUGUUGAAAGAUCGGGAUUCCAGCGAAGGAUGUAUAAUUAACGUAUAGUGGUGUUGGAUCGGACUGCUGGAACCGGAGACACUUCCAGUCGUUUGACCGCAGAACUUUGACUCUACAACGUUGGGAUUUGUCACUUGGUCUCUUCAUCAUUUUAAGUUGGAAACACGGUUCGUGUUCGAUGCCAUCAUAGAAGAUAUUUAAAUAUCUAAAGUCGUAUCUCUACACUCUAUGUUCCUGUGUCGUCCAUGUGUAUGUUUAAUAAACUUGAGUGUAUAUCCUAAACGUUUGCAACGCUUUCAUUUUUAAGUGGCGGUUAGUCCUGUUUAUAUUCCUAAAAAUGGUAUCAAAACGCAGCAGCGAUAUUAAAAUAUGGCAUAGAACAGUUUUUGCAGUUUGACGACACGUAAACUUGACCUAGUUUCCUCUGCAACCGCUAGUAUCAAACAAAACCAGAAUGUAUUUAUAAGAUAUAUUAAUGUAUGAGACAGAACCAGGGGUUAGAAAAUGUUUGGCAGGCUGACAAGAAAUCAGUCGGCUUUUUUUUAUUCAGGUAAAUUUGACUAGAUUUGCUUUACAUACAUGGCAUACAUUGUGCAUGGCUGUUUGACUGUGUUAAUUCCCAAUAUAACAUGGCAUGCAUACAGAGGAUGUGGAGGGCAUGUGGGAGAAUUUAAGAGAUGACAAAAGUGCUGAUAAACAACCCAGAAAUAAAUACAAGCAGAAAAUAUGUGUCCUUAAACCAUGGGCUUUAGAAAACAACGGCAGCAAAUGAAAAGACACAAUCCGAAAUCGUCAGCCUUCUGGAAGGGAAUUCGAGCGUUUGAACAAACCUUUGAAUGAUAGCUUUUAAUCAUAUCCCUCUUGAGUUGAACUUAAUGGGAACAAAGAAAACGAAACUACAUCUCAACCAAUAACAUCACAAAGGAGACAUCAGCACAGUCGGACAAGGACAAAACAAACAUGUUGUAGGUAUUCCUGUCGUUUAACAAAACGUAGCAUAAGCUUACGUUGAACUUAAAACUAGCUUAGAAAUAGAGUAGCACUCGAAUAUUCAAGUAUAGUAACUCU